AAGUGACGGGUUGGCGAGUCGCGGUCAUCGGCCGCAGUCGUGCUCGCGUGCUCGUGCGGGCAGCGCGUAGCUCCGUAGACCUCUACGAACAUACAUACUAUUAGGCGGAUGUAUUGUUCGGCUACAUUUAUCUAUUUAAAAGUUUAAAUAGAUAAUAUGUCGAAUGAUAUGAAGUCAGCAUCAAUGGAUCUGAACGGGUCUCGAUCGUGGUGUAGAAGAGACAAUGAUGUGAAAAUCGAAUUUGGAUUCGGGGUACCGCUGGGAGCGAUGUCCGCUCAUCCAGUGUUCCACUCUGCUUGGGAUAUCGGUUGUCCAUCUUCUGGUUUCCAUCAAAUGGCCAGGAUGAUGGAUCGCAUGAUGUCAGAGAGUCUUCAGCCGUUUGGUUUCGCAAAAAUGACUGCACGACGCGAGGGUGACAAGAAAGGUGAGGGUCCACCGAGAGAUGGUCUCAGAACUGAUAAAAGUGAUAGUAGGAGGGAGAGAGCGAAAAAUCCCAACACCCAUCUCGGUAAUGGCACAAGACAUCCUCCUACACAAGUUGUUCGACCGACGCCAAUAAAUUCAUUCCAAGAACAAUCGACUGAACCACCUAAACCGACAGAUCCAACGACGGAAAAAUGGGCAGGCACUUUAAGGAAAAGAGAUCCAGAUAUCCAACCAACUUUACCAUCUAUUGUAUCCCGUAAAUCUUCUUCUACAAACUCUUCAGUAAGCAGUGGAAGGAAGACGCGCUCAGUCGAUCGGAUUCCUAGAACUCGCCGACAGCUAGCUCCUAUAAAACCAGUAGUCCGAAAAACUGAUAUACCUUCAGAGGGAGAUGUAACCAUGCUAGAAAAAGAUGAAAAAAUAUUCAACACUGCUGGUUAUGAAGUACAUUUAGUGGAAACUUUGGAGAGAGAUAUAUUGCAGAAAAAUCCUGACGUUCGCUGGAGAGACGUGAUUGGUUUGGACGACGCGAAGUCUGUAUUGCAAGAAGCCAUGGUACUGCCGCUCGUAAUGCCUGAUUAUUUCAAGGGCAUUCGUCGUCCAUGGAAAGGGGUGUUAUUGACUGGUCCUCCGGGUACGGGAAAAACGCUUCUUGCAAGGGCAGUAGCGACCGAAUGUCGGACCACAUUCUUCAACGUCUCGUCAGCGACUCUAACAUCGAAGUACCGCGGGGAUUCAGAGAAACUUGUCAGACUUCUGUUCGAUAUGGCGGCCUUCUACGCACCGAGUACAAUAUUCCUGGACGAGGUCGAUUCAUUAUGCGCGGUCCGAGGUGCUGAUUCGGAACACGAAGCCUCGAGGCGUUUCAAAGCGGAAUUGCUCAUUCAAAUGGAUGGUCUGGCUGCAGCAUUCAAUCAAGAUAAGGUCAUUAUGGUGCUGGCUGCAACCAACCACCCGUGGGAUAUCGAUGAGGCGUUCAGGAGACGAUUUGAAAAACGAAUUUACGUGGGAUUGCCCGACGAGACAACGAGGGUGAAACUACUAAGGCUAUGCUUACGAGAAGUGGUGUUGGGAGACGACGUCGAUUUUGUAGAAUUAGCGACAAAGUUGGAGGGUUACAGUGGCUCGGAUAUAAAUAAUCUUUGCAGGGACGCGGCGAUGAUGACAAUGCGUCGUAAAAUAGCUGGCAAAAGUCCUGACCAGAUACGUCGUUUGAAGCGUUCCGAAUUGGAUGCUCCAGUCUCCAAAGAGGAUAUUAGUGCUGCCAUAGAGAAGACGCGUCGCACCGUCACGCAAGCUGAUGUAGCGCGUUACACCACCUGGAUACAAAAGCACGGCUGCUCCUAGCGUAGGGCUAAAGCGCUUAAAGCGCUGCUUCGGUGCCUAAAGAAUUAGUAGGUGCGAAGUGAUAAAAUUUUAUAACAGUGAAUUGACUAUUUAACACUUAAAAAUAUAUAAAUACUAUUAUUAACUUUAUAAGCCUUUACUAACGUUUUAUUAAAUAAAUUUGUUGUUUAUGUUUUAUGGAGUGUUUCGAGGAUAUUGAAGCGGUUUCGCUAGAUUUAAGAGUUGCAAUGGUGUAUUUUAUUUAUAUUGAAUAUACUGUUUCCACUUAAGUUGGUAAUUCAAAAAUCACCAAAAAUUACACCAUGUAUCAAUUUUUAUUGACAAUAUGUCAGUGUAACUACAGGCCAAGGUUGGUGGCGUAUUGGCGAUGUAAGAAAAUGUUAUUAUAUUUCUUAAAGAGCUAAUGUCUAUGGGCGGUGGUGAUUACUAUCAUAUUAUAAAAAAAGUAAAGGAACUUGUCACCAUUCACAUAAAAGAUGCCAACUUUCUAAUAUGUUAUCGAAGUUUGUAAAUUGUAGGCUAUUAUUUGAUAUUACAAUUCAACUUCAACCAAUAUAUACUAAAAUCGGGUCCUCUCAAUAGUAUUCUAUCCCUUUUACACAAAUUGAAUGUGUCCUUGGAAUGAGACAAAACAUUAACAAUAGGCUUUAUAAAAAGUAUAUAUAUCGUUUGUUCUAAGAUAUUGAUGUCUAAUUCUUAGAUUAUUUAUAUGUCUAGAGAGACUGUCGAAUUAAAAAAGAACUAGAACAUACUAGUCAACUUAUCUCGGUGUGCGUGACAGUUACGCUUGACACUCGCCAAACGUCAUACUCCUUCACUAGUGUGCGUGAGGGCACAAUUUAUUUCGAAGCGUUCGUAACUUUGUCAGUCUUAUCUAAAUAUAUAAAUAAUGAAAGUUUUAAUUGUGUUCUAAAUUGAAAAUAAGAAACGUUUUCGAUUAAAAUAGCUUUAUUAAGGAAUGGUGUUGUGGUUUUUUAACAAUUUCUGUCUGUAAUGUAAAUUAAUUGAUAGUGUAAUGUGCUGUAAAAUUGUGAUUAAUAAAACUUUUGCUGAUA